AUGCCCGGUGAUGUAGACAAGUCGCUGUUAGAGCGUCUACAAGCGCUGCGGGGUUCAAGCUCCGGCGCAUCAAGUCAAGCAGCCCCGAUAACGUUCAGUGUAGAUGUGAUUGAGAGGUCCAAACCAGCAACCAGGGAAGAUACACUCGCCGCUCGGUUAAAGUCCCUCCGAGCCCAGGAUGGCGGCUCAACCUCAUCACCAGGACGGAAGUCUCUCGAAACGGAGAAGACCGCUACCAGUGUGAUACCCCCGUCAUCGUCAUCAGAAUCAAGGCCCACCAAGGCUGGAAAUAUGGUACUCAAAGAGAAGCAGAAGCCAGCCGAACUGGAAGAUGGCGAUGAUGCGGACUUUAUGUUCUCGACAGAUGAUCAAACGUUAGAGGAGCUGCUUGGCGAUGUUAGUGUUGAUGAGAAUCUGGUGACGGAGCCCAGCGAUGAGCAAGUUAGAGCGCUAUUGGAAGAACUAUCGCUGUCUGUACCGAAAGAUAACGCAGAUGAAGGAGGGCAGGAGAAAGAGACUGCUGAGGAUUCAGACGACUCCGAUGGCGAGCAUAUGCAGACGAAAGCAAACGACGUCAUCGCCAGGCUCAAAGAUGAAAUAGAGCUCGAGGCCACCCUAAGAAAUACAGCCGAUGACGAUGAAGCCGAGUCUACAGAUCAAAACCAGGAAGAAAACCAGAAUGACGAUGGAGACACUGGGCCUGCCGGUAUAGACUUUGUCAUUCCUUCACUCCCCUCCAAUCUCGACAAUCUUUCAGCUUCAUCUCCCGGACGAGCUGGCGCUACAGCCGAUAUGGACGACAUAGCGGCUCGCAUGGCCGCUCUCCGAGCUCCCACCACCGACGACUCCUUUUCUCUUCCUUCUGUACCUAGUUCCAAGCCUUCUGCAGGUGACAAACCUGUCAAACGACUUACUAGCAAGACAGAUUACACGGAUGACGAUAUCGAUAGCUGGUGCACCGUCUGUCUUAAUGACGCCACGCUACGCUGUUUGGGCUGUGAUGAUGAUCCUUACUGCACGCGCUGUUGGAGGGAGAUGCAUAUCGGGCCAGCAGCUGCGUUUGACGACAGAAGCCAUAAAGCCGUACAGUUCACAAGAGCAAGGAAAAAGGACCAACGAAGAGUAGCGCUAGGAGCUUGA